CAGAACAAAAUGCAGAAGUGAGAGGUAGAGUGGAAAACGUAUCUCAGACACCCAAAGAGAGAGAGAGAGAGAAAGAGAGUGAGAGGGGAAAAGAGAAGCAGUCAUGGCUCCUUGGUUGAGGACCACCACGGAGCGGUAUGGCGUAGUAAUGUGGAAUUUCAUUGGCCUUGGAGAGAAGCAGCUGUCUCUGGAGAUUGGGGACACGGUCCACAUCCAGGAGACCUGCGAUGGCUGGUAUAAAGGCUACCUGGUCAGGAACAAUGAUCGACAGGGCGCGUUCCCAGCCAGCAUAGUGCAGCUGAGGAAGGUCAUCAUCGAAAAAAGAGGGGAUCAGGAGGUGGUGUUGUCAGCAGAGAUGCCCCUAGUGAAGGAGGUGACCACCACUCUGAGGGAGUGGGGAAGCAUCUGGAAACAGCUCUAUGUGGCCAAUAAGAAGAGGCGUGUGGUGCAGGUCCAAGGGCUGAUGUGGGAUUUGAUGGAAUGGCGUUCCCAACUCCUGUCUGGCACGUUGCCUAGCGAUGAGUUCAAGGAGCUCAAACAGAAAGUCACCUCCAAGAUCGACUAUGGCAACAAGAUCUUGGAGUUGGACCUGGUGGUGCGGGAUGUGAACGGGAAUAUGCUGGACCCAGAAAACGCCAGCGUGAUUAGCCUGUUCCGAGCCCACCAAGACGCCACCACCAAGAUCAACGAACGCAUCAAAGAGGAACAGUCCAACAUUCAGACGGACCACUCAGUAAUCUCGGCCCGGAUCCAGUCCUCUCCCACUCACAGCCUCUAUGUCUUUGUCCGGAACUUUGUCUGUCGGAUCGGAGAGGAUUCUGAACUCUUCAUGUCCCUCUACGACCCCAACAAGCAGACCAUCAUCAGUGAGAACUACCUGGUUCGCUGGGGCAGUAAAGGCUUUCCUAGGGAGGUUGAAAUGCUGAACAACUUGAAGGUGGUCUUUACAGACUUGGGUAAUAAGGACUUGAACAGAGAGAAGAUCUACCUGAUCUGUCAGAUAGUGAGAGUGGGUCGUAUGGAACUGAAGGAGACCAACACCAAGAAGUGUACCCAGGGCCUCCGCAGGCCCUUUGGAGUGGCAGUGAUGGACAUCAGUGACAUCAUCAAAGGAAAGAUAGAGUGUGAUGAGGAGAAGCAGCAUUUCAUCCCUUUUUUCCCGGUCGUGGCAGAGAAUGACUUCCUUCACCCCCUGCUGAACAAGGUGACAGCAUCACGAGGAGACAGUGGCGGACAAGGUCUAUGGGUGACGAUGAAGGCCCUGGUGGGUGACAUCGUCCAGAUCCGUAAGGAGUACCCCCACCUGGUGGACCGCAGCACGGUGGUGGCCCGUAAACUGGGCUUCCCAGAGAUCAUCAUGCCGGGGGACAUCCGCAACGACAUCUACCUGACGCUGUGGGCCGGGGACUUUGACAAGUACAACAAGACCAGCCAGAAGAACAUGGAGGUCAUCAUGAUGGUGUGUGACGAGGAGGGCAAGAUUGUGUCGAACUCUAUCUGUCUGGGAGCGGGGGAUCGACCGCUCAACGACUACAGAUCUGUCAUCUACUACCAGGUCAAACAACCACGCUGGAUGGAGACGUUCAAGGUGGCCAUCCCUCUGGAGGAGAUGCACAGGAUCCACCUGCGCUUCAUGUUCAGACACCGCUCCUCUCAGGAGUCUAAGGAUAAGAGUGAGAAGAACUUUGCCAUGGCGUUUGUUCGCCUGAUGAAGGAAGAUGGAACCGUGCUGAAGGACGGGCUUCAUGACCUGGUGGUCUUCAAGGGGGACAGUAAGCGUAUGGAGGAUGUGAACUCGUACCUGUCCCUACCCUCUACGCGUUAUGUGGACGUUCACAAGACGGGGACACUGAGCCGCAGCAGCAGCAGUGUAGGAGGCCUGUCUGUCAGCUCCAGAGACAGCUUCACCAUCUCAACCCUCGUCUGCUCCACCAAGCUCACUCAAAACGUGGGCUUGCUGGGUCUACUGAAAUGGAGGACUCGUCCUGAGCUCCUCAAAGAAAACCUGGAGAAACUCAAGAUCAUCGACGGAGAGGAAGUUGUCAAGUUUCUCCAGGACACUCUGGAUGCUCUGUUCACCAUCAUGAUGGAACACUCCCAGACUGACGACUACGACAUCCUAGUGUUCGACGCCCUGAUCUACAUCAUUGGUCUGAUAGCAGACAGGAAGUUCCAGCAUUUCAACACGGUGUUGGAGGCCUACAUCAAACAACACUUCAGCGCCACACUGGCCUACAAGAAGUUGAUGUCUGUGUUGAAGAGGUAUCUGGAUGUGUCCAGUCGAGGGGAGCAGUGUGAGAACUACCUACGCACCCUCAAAGCCCUGGAAUACAUCUUCAAGUUCAUCGUCCGCUCACGCAUGCUUUACUCUCAGUUGUAUGAAGGAAAAGAACAGGAAGAGUUUGAGGAGUCUCUUCGGAGACUCUUUGAGUCCAUCAACAACCUGAUGACGAGUGACCAAAACACUACAGUCUUACUGCAGGUGGCUGCUCUGAAGUACCUACCAACAGUCUUGCAGGAUAGUGCCGUGACAUUCUGCUACCCAUGAUGCUUCGGGAGCUGAGCGGAGCGCUGAAGGACAUGGGGGAGGGUCCUCAUGACGAGCGGAGGAACAGCGUGGAGCUGCUCAACAACAUCCUGGAGGUCCUGAGCAGAGACAAUGUGGGUGACACAUUCCAGCAUAUUCAGGACAUUGUGGUCAGUCUCCUCAGGACCAUCAACCGUACAGUCAUAACCAUGGGUCGUGAACACGCCCUGAUCUCCAGGGUGGUGGCCUGUAUGACGGCCAUUCUGAGUCAGAUGGAUGAUAGCCACUACUCCAGCUACCUAGAGACCUUCUCAGGCACCACCGACCUAGUGGACUUUCUGAUGGAGACGUUCCUACUGUUUAAGGAUCUGAUUGGGAAGCACGUCUAUCCCUCUGACUGGAUGGCUAUGAUCAUGGUGCAGAACAGGGUGUUCCUCAGAGCAAUCAACACCUACGCUGAUACCAUGAACCUCAAGUUCCUCAACAAUAACGACUUUGAAGUGCAGUUGUGGAAUAAUUACUUCCAUUUGGCCGUAGCAUUCAUUACCCAAGAGUCCUUGCAGCUCCAGCACUUCUCCUCAACCAAGAAGAACAAGAUCCUAACAAAGUAUGGAGACAUGAGGAGACUCAUUGGUUUCGCCAUACGGGACAUGUGGUACAAACUGGGUGGGAAUAAGAUCUGUUUUAUACCUGGGAUGGUGGGUCCUAUCCUGGAGAUGACUCUGAUUCCUGAGGAGGAGCUGAGACGAGCCACCAUCCCCAUCUUCUUCGACAUGAUGCAGUGUGAACACACAGUCUCCACACACUUCCACAAGUUUGAGAAUGAGAUCAUUCUGAAGCUGGAUCAUGAGGUGGAGGGAGGAGGAGGAGAUGAGAGAUACAUGGAACUACUGGAAACCAUUCUGUUGGAGUGUGCUGUGGCGCGUCCCUUGUUGAGGCCAGAAGUCGAGCACUUCGUCACCUUGGUGAAGGGACUCCUGGUGCGUCUCCUUGACUACCGCACGGUGAUGAGCGACGACAGCCGCAACAACCGCAUGAGCUGCACUGUCAAUCUCCUGAAUUUCUACAAGGACAUCAACCGUGAAGGAAUGUACAUCAGAUACCUCUACAAGCUGAGAGACCUUCACUUGGAUGUGGAAAACUACACAGAGGCUGCAUACACCCUGUUGCUUCACUCUCGCCUGCUCAAGUGGUCAGACGACCAGUGCAGUCCCCAGUUUGAGGUGCGUAGCUGUCAGACCCAGCGCCAGCUGAAGGAGAACCUCUAUGACAAAAUCAUCGGACACUUCGACAAGGGCAAGAUGUGGGAGGAAGCCAUUACUCUGUGUAAGGAGCUGGCUGACCAGUAUGAGAUGGAAGUGUUUGACUAUGAGCUGCUCAGCCAGAGUCUGAAGCAGCAGGCUAAGUUCUAUGAGAACAUUAUGAAGAUCCUGAGGCCCAAGCCAGACUACUUUGCAGUGGGAUACUAUGGACAGGGCUACCCUCCCUUCCUCAGGAACAAGGUGUUUAUCCACCGGGGGAAGGAGUACGAGCGUAGAGAAGACUUUCAGAACCAGCUGAUGAGUCAGUUCCCCAGCGCUGUCCGUCUCAAUAUCACCACCAUGCCUGGAGACGAUGUCAGACUCUCCCCUCUGCAGUACAUCCAGUGUUUCACUGUUCAGCCUGUCCUGGAGAUUCCACCUCACCUGAAGAACAAACCAGUCCCUGACCAGAUCAACAACUUCUACAAGUCCAACUAUGUGCAGCGUUUCCACUACUCCAGACCAGUGAGGAGAGGACCAGUGGACCCCAACAAUGAGUUUGUAUCCAUGUGGAUUGAACGCACCACAUUCACCACAGUGUACAAACUCCCUGGGAUUCUGCGCUGGUUUGAGGCCACAGACAUGAAACAUAGCACCAUCAGUCCUCUGGAGAAUGCCAUAGAGACCAUGGAGAGCACAAAUGACAAGAUCCUCACCAUGGUCAACCAAUAUCAGGCCGACGACGCCCUUCCCAUCAACCCCCUCUCCAUGCUGCUCAACGGCAUCGUGGACCCCGCUGUCAUGGGGGGCUUCGCCAAGUACGAGAAGGCCUUCUUCACUGAGGAGUACAACCUGCAACACCCAGAGGACCGAGAUAAGCUGGAUCGCCUCAAAGACCUCAUUGCAUGGCAGAUCCCGUUGCUGGGGGGAGGGAUCUCUCUACAUGGUAAGAGAGUGACAGACGACCUACGACCUUUCCACGAGCGCAUGGAGGAGUGCUUCAAACACAUGAGGAAGAAGGUGGAGAAGGAGUACGGCGUGAGGGACCUGCCGGAUAUGGAUGAGAGGAAGUCAACUCGUCCCCGCUCUGUCCUUCGCUCCUUCCGUCAGUCUGUCAUCUCCAUCUGUUCACUCCAGGGGUCUGAGUGUGGAACCCCCACCAAACCUUACCCAGACAGUGGUCUCCCUGACACGGUGUCCCCCCGGACCCCCACCCUGCAGCGCUCCAGUGGGAGUAUGAGCAUGGGGGAAGAGGGAGGGGCCGAUGGGGAGGUGAAACUCAGGAAGUCCAAGAAGAAAAGGAAGAGGAGCAGCAUGAUCUUCAUCCCAGAGGAGAGAGACAGGACCAACACACUGGACAGCAAACGGCUGUCCAAGAAGCAGGAGUUCCGCAGUGACAACAACCUGUCUGAAUCCUGUCAGGGAAAUGACUCUCUCACCAAUGUCAACUCCAGGUCUCUGCCUGCUAUUACAGGUCUGUCUCUGUCCGUGGUCAACGGUAGUGAGGAGGCGGAGUCAGCCCGGUCCAGGAGGGACAGUAAGAGCAUGUCUGUGUGUCUUCCUGGUGACCGUACCGCUGACAGGCGCUCCAAAGGGGUUAUCAACCUGCUGUUCGGGACCAAGAGCAACAAGUCUGAGCAACAGAAAGACAAGUCGUGUACUGACCCAGGCAACAAGAACGUCAGUCAUUUCUAACAGCCGUCCAUCAAGCAUGAUGCAUCCUCAGUGCCUUUAAACCUGCUCUGCUUUGAAUGGCAGGCAACACAAGGGGUUGUUGCCAUGCUAGAAGCUCCUCUUUGGAAAGAGCCAUCUGAUCAGCUUUUUCAUCAAGACUAGUUUGCGCUCACGCAGGCACACACACACAUAGAGGGAGAUGGAGAGAAACAGACUUGAUCUCUGAUGAAGUCCUGCAUAGCAUGCUUUCACGCUUCUGCUCUCACAUCUUUUAGAAUCAAUAAAAAAACAUUUUCCUUGACUGGCUUUUUUUAGUAAUGUAACUCGCAAGCUUUCAGAUUUUAUUAAACUUAUGAAACACUGAAUAAAAAGAUAUCCAAUGUUUUA